AUGGCGACUAGUAGCGAUAGCGUUGAACUCGAAUUUUGGCACAAAAAUAUAACAAAAAUACCCAAAGUUACAAACUCUUUUGUUGAGGAUUUUGCUGAGAAGAACCUACCGAUCAAAGCCACUGUAACAAGAGGAUAUAAAUUCUUUCACGAAGAAUAUAUUCACGAUAUUGAAGGUGAGCCUCGUUGACCUCGUGGUAGCUUUCUUUGUUUGACUGUCUUUCCAAUAUUUUGUUUCUGUGCUCAGUGUUUUGAGUUUUAACUCUUUUCUCGGUUUUUAACAGUAAAACUUUGCAAGGAAGAGGAUUCAGGAGUAGUGGCUCGGGCUAAAUGCUUCAGAAGUAUGAAAAAGAACGAAGAUCCUCACAAGUUGUCUGUUGUGUUCGAGAGCUCCUCUAUUGAGGCUAGCAUCAACAAGUAUAUGUGUAGUUGUGCUGCUGGACAAGGUCUUUGCCAUCAUGUUCUUGGAUUGCUCUAUACUCUUGCCCAUUUCCAGCUAUUAGGCUUAAAAAGUGUCCCGCCAAUGGUUUCUAAAACAUCAAAGGCACAGGUAAAAUUUAAUAAUAAUAAUAAUAGAUUUGAUGAUAAACAAUAAGAAAAAACAGUCAUUAAUGUAUAGAGAUUUGACUGUAUCUUACCAAUAUUUUUCCUUAAAAACUCCUUUUAAUCACACUGCUGUUUUUAAACAUAACACAAUAAGCAAUUUUGAAUUCAUAUAGUAUAUUUGUAUAUUAUUUUUUUUUUGCAGAGAUGGCAUAUCCCCAGUCGUAAAGAGGGCAUUAAAGCAAGGCCAGUGACAGAUUUGAUUAUACAAAAGUCAAAGCCAAAAGAUAAAUUGCAUGAACCUAAAAAAGAAGAAAAGGUGUGUGGUGUGGCAAGCACGAUCUACAAACCCUUCCAGCAAUCAUUAAGUAGCCUUGACUUGACUAGUGUGCUGUCGCCACAGUUUGAAAAUCUCAACAAUCAACCUGGAUUUAUGAGAAUAUGGGAAGAUGAACAAAGUGAGCCUCCAAUUUUAGUAGACUCGGCCUUUGGAAAGGUGCCAAAAGGCUGUGUCAUAAGCUAUCAACAGCCAUUGAAAGUUAAGAGCAAUAUUAACAUACAGCUACCUGCAUUCAACUUUCCAUCUUUAAGCUAUCCAGAUACAGUGCUCAAUGAAAAACAAGACCUUUUCUUCAGCUCCCUUGCAAUAUCAGGUCAACAGUCUAUUGACUUUGAAAUGGAGACAAGGGAACAGUCAACUACAACAGCAUGGCAUGAACUAAGGAAGUUUAGGCUUACAGCUUCAAAUUUCAAAGAUAUAUGCUCAAGAAGAAAAGACCAUGAAAUCCUUUCUACGCGUUUACUAAAGGGAAAAGUAAUCCAAACUGCAGCCAUGAAAUAUGGGAUACAAAAUGAGGGGUAG